GUGAUGGAGGUGGAAGAAGGGUUGGGGGUGGUCGGCUAUGGUGGACGGGUGAGGGUGAUGGAAGAGGGGGAAGGGUUGGAGGUGGUCGGCUAUGGUGGACGGGUGCGGGUGAUGGAGGAGGAAGGACGGUUGGCGGUGGUUGGCUAUGGCGGUGGUUGGCUAUGGAGGUGGUUGGCUAUGGCGGACCGGUGUGGGUGAUGGUGGAGGAUGAAGGGUCGGAGGUGGUUGGCUAUGGUGGACGGGUGUGGGUGAUGGAGGAGGAAGAGGGGUUGGAGGUGGUUGGCUAUGGUGGACGGGUGUGGGUGAUGGAGGAGGAAGGAGGGUUGGAGGUGGUCGGCUAUGGUGGAUGGACGUGGGUGAUGACGGAGGAUGAAGGGUUGGAGGUGAUGGAGGAGGAAGAAGGGUUGGAGGUGGUUGGCUAUGGUGGACGGGUGUGGGUGAUAGAGGAGGAUGAAGGGUUGGAGGUGGUCGGCUAUGGUGGAGGGGCGUGGGUGAUGGAGGAGGAUGAAGGGUUGGAGGUGGUUGGCUAUGGUGGACGGGUGCGAGUGAUGGAGGAUGAAGGAGGGUUGGAGGUGGUCGGCUAUGGCGCACGGGUGUGGGUGAUGAAGGAGGAUGAAGGGUUGGAGAUGGUUGGCUAUGGUGGACGGGUGUGGGUGAUGGAGGAGGAAGAAGGGUUGGAGGUGGUUGGCUAUGGUGGACGGGUGUGGGCGAUGGUGGAAGAAGAAGGGUUGGAGCCGGUCGGCGAGUGUGGGUGAUGGAGGAAGAAAAAGGGUUGGAGGUGGUUAGCUAUGGUGGACGGGUGCGAGUGAUGGAGGAGGGAGAAGGGUUGGGGUGGUC